UAAAUGAAAGAGAUAGUGAUUACAGUACAGAAAGGUUAUUUCCUUAAAUUAGGCGAAGAAUAAAUCAAAAGUACACGCAGAAAAAUAGUUCGAGAAACUUUAACAAACUCAGUUGUGUAAGCUCGGGACAUAUGGACACUUUGAUCGUGUCAAUUCUGGUCCCGGUUGCUCUAAUUCUCGUCCGGGUGAAAGCCGAUGGUGACGCCCAUUCCUUUCAACACUUCGAUGGACCAGUUCAGGGCGAUGACCAUGAGGUUACUUGGGUGGACAAGCAAGGCCACAAUCAUCACGACUAUGAAGCCCGCCCCCAUUAUGAAUUCGCUUACGGGGUUGAAGACCAUCAUACUGGGGACUACCACGGCCAAAAGGAAAACAGAGACGGUGAAAAAGUAACUGGAGAGUACACUGUAAAAGAGCCGAAUGGAAAUAUUAGGACAGUAAAAUACGUCGCUGAUAAGGAUGGAUUUCAUGCUGAAGUGUUCAACAGUCAUGAUGAACAGAAUCGUUGAUUAAGCUCUCAACAAAUAUUAUCUCUUUUCAUUACCAAAGACUCACUCGACAUUAGAGGAUGUAAUUUCCUUGUUUAAAGAGUACAUAUUCAGGAAUUAAAUUAUAUAGUAUGUAUUGAUUUUAUAGGGUUUUAUUUAGAUUUAAUUAUAUAAGAUGAGUGUGUGAAUGUAUGUUUGAUGAAAUUUUCAGAUAGUGCAUUAGGAUGCAAGAUUAAAGAGACUGUUAUUCAAUUACUCUUAUUGUUUAAAUUUCAUGUAUUUUUGCGAAACGCUGCAUAUGAAUAUUUGAGCAACCAUUUUGGUAAAAACAAAUCAAUUGAAUUAAGCAACGCUACGUCAUUCAAAAUUUUUUUCCCUGAAAUUUUUGAUCUUUCGCCUUUUCGUGUCUAAAAGUCAACUGUUUUCUAAAAAAUUGUACUUUUUAGAUAGAAAACUCACUUCUUUCGUUGAAAAUUAAUUUCUUUUGGCAGAAAAUAAUUCUUUUUGAUUCAAAAAUUCCUGACUCAACAGUUAUAAUUUACUCUCUGUUCUAAAUAUUUGGAUGUAAUUUGAUGAUUUUACAAGUUAAUGAUGUUUGUUUUUCGUUAUGACACCGAUUUAAAGACAUUGUGCUGGGAAAAUGUAAAUAAAAAUAAACUUAUAUGAUAGAGAUUCGCCAUGCUUGAAAAGGAGAUAGUAUACAUGAGAUAUGACAGUGUUUACGGUUAUUAAAAGCUUUUACCGACUGCAUUUCUUUUUUUAUGUCGCUAUUUAUCGGAUGUCAACGAUCUAUGAAGGAACUUUUAAAAAGAGUUAUAUUAGUUCAAAAUGUAUAUACUUAUUAACGUGAAUAAACUCAAAUAGGAAAUGUA